AUGGAGACCUGCAGAAGAGUGAGUUUACUUUACACAGUGUUUUUGUUUUCACCGAAAACUUACCCGUACGUUUGUCUUUUACUCACGGAAGAUAAGUGUUCCCCGUUUGAGGUACUCAAACCUGCGGAACCGUGCUGUGAACCGACGUGUGUUGACGACUGCUCUCAUGCAAUCUGCCGGAGGGCUCCGAAUGCUGGUUCCGUACCAUCCUGUGUCUGUCGGCAAGGAUAUGUUCGUCAUAAGGGAUCCUGCAUUCGGAAGGAAGCGUGUCCUACACCGAGCGUAUCUUACGGAUCUUAUGACUCGUACCGCCCUGUGCCGCUAACGAAAACUGUGCUGCCCAUGCAGAAAAAGUGCAGCCAAAACGAGGAGCUUGCCUACUGUCGGCCAUACUGUGAGGCAACCUGCGAACAGGACUGUAAGGGUGUACCGCCUCCGAAGACAUGCAUUCCGGAUCCAAGUUGUGUCUGUAAAGAUGGUUUCGUGCGACAUAACGGCCGUUGCAUACAAAAAUGCGACUGUCCGCGAAGGAAUCCGCUGCUAAGGCGUCCACUAUCUGGCGAGUACAUCGACUUUGAGGUGGUAUCCAUGGAGGGAAUGAAAUCGGAUGAGGACUUCGACUAUCCUUUGCCUGAACCGCGGGUUGGUACGAACGAACGAGCAUUCAGUCGAUUCGAAUCUAAGAAACCCGCGAUGGUACCAGUAUACCUACGAACGGUAUCGAGUGAUCCAAAAUCUACCGGAUCCUGUGGUUGCAAAGGUCACACGACGGAGAAACCCGAACUAUUUCCACCAUUGUGUGCAUGCCGAGGAGGAAAAUCUCCGACACCGGCUCCGACGUACGCCCCCAAGUUAGACGAAAAUGCAUCUUUCGAAAGCACGGAGGAAGAUAGUGAUAUUGUGCCGUACGUACCCCCGUUGCCCUCAACCAACUCGUACGCACCGAGACUCUCGACUCCACUGUUUCCACCGAGUACACAACCCGCACCAGGACACUACGCGCACCGCAACCCGCUUCCCAUGCCACCAGUGCAUCGCGUUGACUUGAACGAACCACUGGAUCAUUUCUACGGUUCCGGACAGGCCACAUCGGCCCAGCAGAAUUCCGCCGCACAGGAAGAGCCCGACCGUAAACCGAUGACCAUAUGGCCUCCAGUAUGCUUUUCGUGCAAACGUUGUGGUUUGAAUAGAAAUCAAAGAUAG